AUGACUAACCUAUUCUCCAGAACCUUCCAUUGUCUUUGGUUUCCAUCCACCAUUCUUCCUCCUAAACCACUUUCCCAAACCCUUCCAUUUUCAACUCCAAUUCAACUUCCCAGACGCUUCAUCUUCACCUCCACUCGCCGCCACUCCAGUCUUCUUCCCAGUUCAGCUUCAUCCUCAACCUCAUCUCCUCACGAUCAUGAAUCUGUUGAACUCAUCUCUUCAACUCAACAUUCGGAUGGAAGUAUUGUGUUUACAUUUGGAAAUGCUAGUGAGAUUAGAGAAACGAUAGAUGAAUUAAAUGAACAGAAACUUGUUCCUGAGGGUGUUAUUCAGGGAGGAGGUGUUGGUGUUUUGGUGAGUGAUGAUGGUGUUGAAAAGUUGAGAAAUGAGGAUGAUGGUAACUUAGGAGAAGAAAUUGAAUCAUCUUCGACUGUAGUAGUUGCUGUUGCUGAUCAAAAUCCUCAGCUUCUCGAGAGUGAAGACGAAAGUAGUGUUGUUCCUGAGAAGGAGACACCUGUGAUCAAUGAUUUGCAAAAAAUUGAUAAAAAGUUGAUGUUGGAUACAGUCGAGGAAGAUUCUCGAGUUGGUAGUCUCGAAGAAGUUGGCGUUUUGACAGUUUCUCCAGCAGAGUCAGAUGUGAUUUCUGAUCUGAGUAGUGGUGCUUCUUUGGAAGUUGAAGAGAAAGUUUACAAUGGUGGCGGUGUGGAUAGAGCAGCAAACAGCCCAGCAAGCGGCGUUGACACUAGUGACUUGACUGAAUUGGUGCAAGUUUCCACUUCUAUAAAGUCUGAUCAUUCUGUCAACGGAACAACAAGCAACUUGACAGGCAGUGUUGAUGCUGAGAUAAGUGAGUUGAAAACAGCAUCCACUUCUUUGGAGUCUGCGCAAGAUGAUUAUAGUGCGACAGACAAUCUGAGCGGCGGUGUUGAUGCCGAAAUAAGUAAAUUGGUGCCAGUAUCAGCUUCUUCAGAGUCCACGCAAGAUGAUUAUAGUGCAACAAACAAUUCGACUGACAGUGUUGAUACUGAAACAAAUGAAUUGGUGCCGGUAUCAACUUCAGAGUCUGCGCAGAAUGAUUACAGUGCAACAGACAAUCUGACUGUCAACGUUGACGCUAAAACAAAUGAAUUGGCGCCGGUAUCAACUUCUUCAGAAUCGGAACAAAUUGGUUAUAGUGCAGCAGGCAUUCUGACUGGCACCAUCAGUGCUGACAUAAGUGAACUGGAACCAGUAUCCACUUCAUUAGAGUCUGCACAAGAUGAUUAUAGUGCAACAACAGACAAUCUAACUGGCAGUGUUGAUGUCGAAACAAGUGAAUUGGUGCCAGUAUCCACUUCUUCAGAGUCGGAACAAGUUGGUUAUAGUGCAGCAGGCAUUCUGACUGGCAGUACCGAUGCUGAUAUAAAUGAACUGGAACCAGUAUCCCCUUCUUUAGAGUCUACACAAGAUGAGGAAGACAUAACUGAGUUUGUGCCAGUAUUAACUUCUUCAGAGUCUGAACAAGUUGGUUAUGCUGCAACAGACAAUCUGACUGGGAGUGUCGAUGCCGAAACAAAUGAAUUGGUGCCGGUAUCCACUACCUUAGAGUCUGAACAAGUUGGUUAUAGUGCAACGGACCACCUGACUGGCAGUGUUGAUGCCACAAUAAGUGAAUUGGUGCCAGUGUCCCCUUCCUUAGAGUCUGAACAACUUGAUUAUAGUGCAGCUGACAAUCUGGCUGGCAGUGUUGACUUAGACGAGAUUGAUUUGGUGCCAUUAUCCGCUUAUUCAGAGUCUGAACAAUUUGAUUUUAGUGAAACAACCCACCUGACUGAUAGCGCUGUUGCCGAGUUUAGUGAGUCGGUCCAAACAUCCACUUCUUUAGAAGCUGAACAAGUUGAUUACAGUGCAACAGACAACUUGAUUGCCAGUGUUGAUACCGAGUUAAGUGAAUUGGUGCCAUUACCCACUUCUUUAGAGCCUGAACAAGUUGAUUCUAGUGCAAUAGACAACUUGACUGAUGAUGUUGAUGAUUGCAUAAUACAUGAGUUGGCAUCACUACCGAAUUCUUCAGACUCUGAUCAGUCUGUUAUUAGAGAAACAACCCACCUGGCUGAUGAUGUUGAUGCCGGGUUUAGCGAGUCAGUGCCAUUAUCCACUUCUUUAGAGGCUGAACAAGUUGAUUAUAGUGAAACAAACAACCUGACAUCCGGUGUUGAUACCGAGUUAAAUGCAUUGGUGCCAAUAUCCACUUCUUUAGAGCCAGAACAACUUGAUUAUAGUGCAACAGACCAGUUGGUUGGUGGUCUUGAUACUGACUUAACCAAAUCGACACUAGUGUCUACUUCUUCAGGGUUUGAACUUCAUGCUAAUGAUGAUGAAACAAGCCUCCACGUCGUAGAUGACUCAGUUGAUGCAAGUGAAAUGCAAAAGUCAACACUGCUGGAUGAAUUGGUUCCAUCCUCAGACUUGGAAAACAAAAUAGGCGUUGGCAAUACCGAAAGAAGUGAUUAUGAAAAUCCAUUAUUUAAUACUUUACCAGAGAUACAUUCAGUUGAAAUGCCUAGUGACGAGGAAAAACUUACAAGAACGGAGCUUUUCCUGGUUUCUGGUGCUGCUUGCUUGCCUCAUCCCUCCGAGGCACUGACAAAUCGAGAAGAUGCUUAUAUUAUUUCUCCCCAAAACUGGCUAGUUGUGGCUGAUGGAGUUGGCCAGUGGUCUCUUGAAGGGAGUAAUACCAGAGUGUAUAUCAGGGAACUCAUGGAAAAGUGUGAAGAUAUUGUGUCAAAUUAUGAGAACAUUUCAACAAUAAAACCUGCAGAUGUUCUUAUCAGAAGUGCUGCUGAAACACAAUCUCCAGGGUCAUCUUCAGUUUUGGUAGCUUAUUUUGACGGACAGGCCCUUCAUGCAGCCAAUGUUGGUAACACUGGAUUUAUCAUUAUAAGAGAUGGUUCCGUCUUCAAAAUAUCAAAUGCAAUGUUGCACGAGCUCAGUUUUCCGAUACAUUUGGUUAAAGGCGACGACCACUCAGAAGUCAUAGAGGAGUACAAAAUCGAUCUAAACAAUGGCGACGUGAUUGUAUUUGGCACAAAUGGCCUUUUUGACAAUCUUUAUGAGCAUGAAAUCGCAUCAACUAUAUCAAAAUCACUACAAGCUAGCUUGGAACCUCAGGAAAUAGCAGGAAUUUUGGCGACGGCGGCACAAGAGGUUGGAAGAUCAAGAUCAAAUGGAAGUCCUUUUGCUGAUGCAGCACAGGCUUUGGGGUAUGUGAGUUAUGCAGGAGGGAAGCUUGAUGAUGUAACUGUUAUAGUGUCAUUAGUUCAAACUACAUAG